AAGCUCGAAGUACACUGACUCAAUAACGGUCAUGUGUUUAAAGUUAAGGAACCUACCAUUCUAAUAUAGCAUCCGCCAACAAAGUGGAUUAGAGAAAAUACUGUCUUAUAAUGUAUAAAGGGAAAAGGGCAGAACAAGGCGGGUGAUUUUCAAGACAAGAUGAAAGUGUGGAACGUACUAGGACUGUCAUUUCUUCUGUCAGCUCUGUCUGAUAGAAUAGUGUCAAGAAGUGAAAAUAUCCUAAUUCCUCACGAUGUCCAUCCUGGCUAUUCUAUCAAAAAGUACUCAUUUAACGGACAAGCUUUUAGUAUACUUGACACCAACGCUCCAGAGAAUUUUGUUGUCCUAAAUAACGGCAUCCUAAUGUUAACAUCGGAUGUUUCUCAUAGAGUUGGGCAUCCUAUUCUCCUUGUUGUCAAGGAAGAGUACCACAACGUUACGAUAAAGAAUGAUCUUGUGAUACAUGUUAAACACAGGAACAAUAUCUUAAAGUUCGACAAAGACUUAUAUUCGGGGAGCAUAUUCGAGAAUCUUCCUUGUGGAGCUACAGUCCAUGGUAUGGAAAACAUAAUCGCUUCCGGUGGAGUAAAUAGCCACGUUACUUAUAGCAUUUUGUCUGGAAAUUAUAACAAUUCUUUCAGAAUCACUCCAUCUUCCCUCAACAGGACAACAGCUGUCGCUGUCGUGACUAAUCACCCUCUGGAUCGAGAACAGUUAGCCUCAUACGAGUUAGUGUUGCGUGUAGUCGAUGAAUUCGAGGUCGAUAGCGCUGAAACUGUCCUCCAUGUUGAUGUACUGGAUGUCAACGACAACGCACCAAUUCUAGAAAAGGACUUCUACGAUUUCCAAAUACCAAUGAAAACCGAACCUUUUUCUUUAAUUGGAAACGUCAGUGCCAUAGACAAAGAUGGCGACCACCCUGUUUAUCAUUUUUGUAAUCGUCAUUCAAAGUUUGUCAUUGUACCUAAAAGCGGCCAGAUUUUUCUGACCGGAAUUCUUGAGCCAGAAACGUACCAGUUAUGUAUUCGAAUCCACGAUAACCGUAGUCCUCGAUUAUACAGCCGAGACUUUCCUUUAUAUGUCACGGCGUUCUCCUCAGAACAGAUUUCUGAAAAAGAACCCUUAUUUGAUGUAAUAGAAUACAACACAAAGUCUUUGGUACGGCCCAAAAGGUCUGUAAGGCCAACAAAAAGCUACGAAUACAAGGAAAAUGAUGGAAGUAUUAUAGGACAAACCAUGUUCCAGCUGGAGAAAAGAGAUCCCCAAGAGAUAUUCCAAGUCGAAAGUUCCAACCAAUGGGUUCAAGUAGACAGAUUAGGUGUCAUCAGAGUUAAAGAACCUUGGAAUUAUGAACAGCUUGGAAAAGAGAAAACUAUUGACUUUUGGGUGUUUGUAUCCAGACCAGGUGUUCCAGGUCCCGAAGAUUGUCAAAAACUCUAAAGAAAGAAGGCAGUCGAACAAAGCAGAUUCCAAGACAUGAUCUUGUCGAUUGGGAUGUACUGGAUAACUUUGCAAUGAUCUGAGGGAAGAAGCAUAGGCGUACAUCAGGAUGUAAACUGACUUAAUGAUAUAUCGGAAAUAGGUUUUUCGCUGCU